CUGCGGUUGUCAUCGUGUCUUGGGAUGCUCUUGUGCAUCCCGGGGGAGGGUGUAUACCCUCGAGUACCUUUUCGGCUUGGCCGGCGGAGGGCCUCGUGCCCCUGACGGGUGUUCUCGGCGCGCCCCUUGGCCCCCCCGGGCCACGCGCGUGCCCCGGGCCAUGCGCUGCGGCCCGUCUUCUCUCGGACGCCCCCCUUCCUGGAGGCCCCCUCCCCCCCGCCCGUGGCCGUGCUGGCUCCGGCUCCUCUCGGGCCCGCCGCGCGGCCGCAUGGGCCUGCCGCGGGCCCUCGCCGACGCCCGCGUCCCCGCGGUGGCGGCGCUCCUGUCGUGCGCCGUCCUCGCCCACUGCCUCCGGGCGGCCGGCCUCGGUGGAAGGGGCCGCCCGCAGCCAGCGGCCUGGGGCCUCGCCGGGCGCAGGCCUUCGUGGGCGAAGCCGGUGGCGGUCUUCGUGCAGGUGGGCAACCCGUCGGUGUGGCCUCCCCUGCAGGAGUGCUUGACGAAUGUGCUGAUCGCGGCGGGCUCGGCCGCUCCUCCUCGCCGAGUGGACGUCUAUGUGGGCAGACCCGGUAGGGUGCCUGGCCAGAGGCAGGAGGCCAUCCAAAGAUGGUUGACGACGCCGCCAGUUGGGUGCAAAACUGGUCGGGGGCCCAGCUUCAUAUGAAUCUGUCGCUGGCGAACAAGGGCGCCGACACGGGCAUCUUUUUCCAGCAGGUGUUGGCUUUGAGCGACCCUUCGAGAUACGACAUGCUGCUGAAGCUGCACACGAAGUCCGACGCGCGCUGGCGUUGCACCAUGCUGAUGUCGCUCUGUGGGAGUUCGGAACAGGUCAGCAAGAUAUUGUCGAGAUUUGAUUCGCAGCCAGACCUUGGAAUAAUAGGCCCGUGGUCACUAACAUGGACGUGGGAUACACCAGUAGAGGAGACUUACGAGAAGAAGGGGGGCAAUGCCUUUACAAUUCUCGACGGCCAGAAACAAAUGGAAGACUAUAUGAAAAGGGUGUGGGCCGACAUUUUCCAGAACAGGAGUUUUCCUGCCCGCGAUCAGUACCUCAUGGCCGCAGGUUCUAUGUAUUGGGCACGCUCCGCACCGCUAUUGGAAAAUGUGCAGUUCAGGGAUGCAGCUUCUCGAUGGAUUGAAUCAUGGACCACGAAGCCCUACAAGACUGCGUGCUCAGACGAUGUUUGUUUACAGUUAUAUGCACUGGAGCGGAUCAUGCUAACAAUGAUCCAGGCACGAUAUGGUUUUGUUGGUGCAGAGGCGCCAGACAAAUACGGCUUGGAUAAGAGUAAGCGAGCAUAUCGGCAGACAUUUCGAGAACAUGGAUGGAGCAAUGACAAGAACAGAUACGUGUGCCAGCGAUUGUCUGCGAAUCGUUGACCUUUUUAAGCUUACAUUGCGCACCCUAACAAAUCAUGUCCCCAUAAAGCCUUCCGGGGACAUGGCUUCAUGGGCCCGAGAGUUUCUGGAGGCUCUGAAGUAGCAUGACGCUACCAGAGAGCUGUCUGGGAAGUUGCUUGAGAACGUGACUGAUCGCCUUCUCGCGGCCCUCUGCGGAUCGUUUCGCACAAAGGUGCCCCAAGUGCCCUUUUGAACCGUAUGGUAGCACCCAGGGCGUGUUCCGGUUUCUCCGGACCCUGGGGCCCGAGUCUGUGACUUAGUGAUCGGCUUCAGCCGACUUUAAGGGUAGCUAUUUGGGAGAUGUUUCAGUAUCGGGAGCAUAGCUCGCGCGCCGCUGCCUUGGGCUCAAGGCACGCGCGCCCUAUUUGCCUGGACACCGCGAGUGUUCGCUAUGUGCUGGAAAGAUCAUUACAUCGAUCUUAUCCUAUCUUAUCCGCCCACCCCUCAUACUGUACUUUCACAGCUACAGCAGAGCGAUGGACGCUAUUUGCCAUCCGAUGUCCACGGUCAGCGCCUUGGAAUCGGAUGCUAUAUGACAGGCUAUAUGCCCUAUUUGAGUUACCAGGCUCACUUUCGACU